UCGAAUUUUAGAACGGAUCAACAGAAUUUGAGUGUUGGAUAUAUACCCCUAUAUAUUUAUUCUUAGAGAAUCAAAAAGAAAUUUCUUCGAUCGUUUAUAAUGAAUUUUCUAGGAUUAACAAGCAAGAAUAAAACGUUCAAACCAAAAAAGAAAGUGCCGGAAGGUACAAAACAAUAUCAACUUAAACAAUUUGCGGAAGCUACGCUUGGUUCAGGUAACUUGAAACUGGCAGUAGUCUUGCCCGAAGGCGAAGAUCUUAAUGAAUGGUUGGCUGUGAACACAUACGAUUUUUUCAAUCAAAUAAAUAUGCUUUACGGUACGAUUACGGAAUUUUGUACGCCACAAGAAUGUCCAGUAAUGUCAGCUGGACCACAAGUUGAAUAUCAUUGGUCAGAUGGAGAGAAAUUUAAGAAACCAACUAAAUUAUCAGCACCAGAAUAUGUUGACCAUUUAAUGGAAUGGGUACAAAAUCAAUUAGAUGACGAAACAAUAUUUCCGAGUAAAAUUAGAGUUCCAUUUCCAAAGAAUUUUGAACAAGUAGUAAAAACAAUAUUCAAACGGUUAUUUAGAGUGUACGCGCAUAUUUAUUUAUCACAUUUUUCAGUUAUAGUUGCAUUAGGAGAAGAAGCUCAUUUGAAUACUAGUUUUAAACAUUAUAUUUACUUUGUACAAGAAUUUCAAUUAAUUGAAAAAAAAGAAUUACAACCACUAGCUGAUCUAAUCAUUCGUCUAACCAGUCAAGAUCAAAUUUAAUAAUUUGUAUAAUCGUAUUGUAUAAUGAUACAUAUAUGUGUGUAUAUAUAUAUUUAUAUAUCUUAAAAUAAAAUGUAAAUUAAUAUAUAUAUAUAUAUACUAUU